CAUAUCGUUAGAGUGACUCUUCCAGCUGUGUUCGGUAUGGAGUUUGCUGUGGUGUUCCUCCUGAUUUUCAGGGCCGCCCUCGCCUGUGAUCCGGGUGAGUUCGCCUGUACGGACGGGUCAGACUGUGUGACGACCAGCUGGCUGUGUGACGGCUGGCAGGACUGCGAUGAUAGCUCGGACGAAGUACAAGCAAACUGCGACGCCCAUCCCUACAACUGUGACGCCAACCAGUUUGAGUGCCCGAACAGUGGCCGCUGUAUCCCGCUUAUAUGGAGAUGUGAUGGCGAUGAUGACUGUGGGGACUACAGUGACGAACAGGACUGCUCUCAGACUGUCGCCCCUGGCGGAGGCGGAGCGGGAAGCAGCUGCAACCACGUGCAAAGUUCGGACACGGGAACUAUUUCUCUUACUAACUACCAGAACAACCAGGACUGUCUUUGGACCAUCUCUGUCAGCUCUGGCAAUGCCAUCGUGCUGCAGUUCACUAGCUUCUCGCUAGAGGAAGACUCUUUUUGCGAGUACGACUACGUGGCUGUCUAUGACGGACCGACCGUCACCUCCCCUCUCCUCGGCAAGUUCUGCGGCUCCACCCCGCCUGGUCCUGUCCGGUCCACCGGUAACCAGAUCGUCGUCCGGUUCUACUCGGAUUACAGUGGAGUGUACGACGGAUUUGAGGCCACCUAUACCGCCGUGCCACUUAAUGCUUAAAGCUGCAUUAGGCCACAGCAAGUAAAUUUUAUGGAUGACAUCCUCUGCAGACUCCAAUUCUAAUGCGAGCGGGCGAAAAAAACAAGACGGGCCGAAAAAAACAAGGUUCCUACAUUUCAAAAUUUCGACGCAAUAAUGGUACAAAUGGUUU